AUGUAUGAGACGAGGAACAAAAUAAUUAAAAAAAUUUUGGACGAGUUCUUCAACACAAGAGAUCUGCCACUUCCAAAGGAAUUUGAUUGUACUAGUUCUCCAUUCCGUAACAUUUUCAUAGACAAGAAAGUAGCUAUUUUAAGUCAGACGAAGGCGGAGAGAACGAUUGAUUUGAACAAAGAUUUGAGUGUUUAUAUAGUCAACGAAUUGCUUAGAAAAUUAGAACCGUUGUGCACACAUGUCUUGAAGUUGUUAGAGGAAUUCCCUGAGAAUGAGGUGUUGGUGAAGAUCAUUUCUAUUAUAGAGAGACUGAAGAACUUCCCAAAAGACAGACCCUCUCAUGAAAUAUUUGAUAGUCCUCCAUAUCUUGCGUGGUUUGUUAAUGUCUGGAAGAUGGUAGAUGAGAUGGUGAACAAUGAAGUCGACGAACAAAUAGAAUUGGGCUUUUUGGAGUCAAUGAAUCAAUUUAUGUAUAAGUGCACGUAUGGACAAUUUGAAGAGAGACUUAAAGUACUUGGCAUAGUUAUUCAAAUAUGUCAGGUGAUGUUGACGCAAACUUGGGAAUACUACAAUGUCUUUGUAUCGAGAAUUAAAGAAGACAUAGACAGAGAGACUAAACCUGUUGAGACUAAAAUUAAGGAGUUUGUGAAACUGAUAAUAUGGAAUGAUAUUAACCAUAAAAAGAUCAAAGACCAAGUGGAGAAGUCGAACCGGAAAUUGUAUGGAUUUAAAAAGGAGUACGAUGACAUUUUGAAGAAGAAUGUACAAUUUUUUGUUCAAAGUCAGACGUUUGCGAACACCACGAGCGCUACUGAUAAAGCGUUGGGACCCAUCUUUAAAGAAAUUCAUAAGAGUGAAAAGAUAAUAAAGACUGUGGAUUCAAAGAAGAGAACAGACAAUAUCGGUUAUUUCAUUUAUAGAAUUGCUGUGUUGAAAGAGAAUACUAUUCGAGUGUGUGUUGAAGAGAAGAUGAGUAAAGAGAAGUUGGGUGUUGUAUGGCUUGAGGAAGUCAAAAAAGAGUUGAUUGGCCGUGUUGUAGAAUUUCAGAAUUUAACAGGAAAUGAAGGUGUGAAGACAAAGAAAAGAGCACUUUUGGACAUUUUAUUGUACUUCAACUUUUGUUAA